GCUAGCUCCGCAACAAGGGAGGCAAAUCGAUCGUGUCCCGCCGAGAACCCGGGCAGAAAAAAGUUCCCGUCGGCUUCCAUCAUCAGAGGCGAUCACCAGAAAAGCGCAUCGUCGCAAUCAACGAACCAUAACCACCACCCCGAGGUCCACGGCCACAGUGCAAUCGAUAUAAACCCCGUUUGAGUCCACAAACAACUAUACAUAUACAUUUGAGAGAAAAAAACAUCACGAGCCGAAACGAGCAACAAUGUCCUCAGCACUCGCCAUCGGCGCUGGUGUCGCCGUCGCCGCUUUCCUCGUACGGUUUCCCGUCCUCCCCCAAUCCUCCUACAAUCCCUCCAACCACAGCAAAGCGAAGAGAAGCGCGCGCAAAGCUAACCACUCUCUCUUUUCCUCCGCAAAACAGGGCAGAGCUGGCCUGGUAGCCUGGCGGCGCUCGCGCGGCGGCGUCGGCGCGCUCGGCAAGGCCUUCUACAAGGGCGGUUUCGAGCCGCGGAUGACCAAGCGCGAGGCGGCGCUCAUCUUGUCGCUCAAUGAGAGCGGCAUCACCAAGGAGAAGGUGCGCAAGGCGCACCGCACGCUCAUGCUGCUCAACCAUCCCGACCGCGGCGGGAGCCCAUACCUGGCGAGCAAGGUGAACGAGGCGAAGGAGUUUCUGGAGAAGAACACGUGAGGGGACAAAAGCCAAGCCCGGACGGACGAGCCCCCCACUUCUUCUUUCCUCUGCUUCUUCUUUGAUGGAGGAGGGAAGGAAACAGUGCGACGGGGCGAUGGGCGUGAUGGGGAAGCAACGGGGGCCUAAGUCGACGAGUUUUCAUCCGGACGAUUUUUUCCCCGCCGAGCCUACGAUCCGAGGGGCCACACGGACCGGACCGGAUCGCCGUCGCAGAUGACGCGGCGAAUCUAUCUUGCGCGUUCUCGAUCAACUCUAACCUCCUUGCGCGGAGUCUGAGUGUCUUUGC